GUGUACAUUGACCAGCCAACGUUGGAUACCCUUACACGGCACGGAUUCCGCGGCUUAGGGCAGUUGGCUUUUGCAGUAGGCCAGCCAGGGCAAGUUAUACCCGAAGCGGACUUCCAAAGCUUCUGUAGGACCAUUGUGCCAUCGGCCUCAGCAGCAUGUGUUGCCUCAAUCCGACGGCUCCUCUUUGAGGCGCAGACGCUGGCGGUGCAGCAACUGAGGUUGCAACUGACAUCUCCGGAAAGCGCUUCCAGGCAUGUUUCAGAAGCAGAACGGGACAGGCGCAUGACCCAUCUCAGAAACACGUUGGUGGGGCUCAGCAUUGAAGGGCCCAUGGAGCCAGGACGAAAGGUUCUGGAUGAGCGCGCUCAUCAGGAGGCCGCUGGGCAACUAAAAUAUUUGCCGCCAGAAAAAUGCGUCAGCAGGAUGCACGAGGUGACCUUCUCGAAGAGUCCCCAUAAGCAGAUCAGCCUGGAACAAAACCGCCUAAUAGUGCAAGACGAGUCGGACGAGCUCACAGUCCCGGCGGCAUCAGCCCUGCAGGCCAUGGAAGCACUCAAGAGACGUGGCGUAGCCUACGUUUUCGCACAAGCCGUUUCAUGGGCGGAGUACGAUCGCUCUGUGACCUUCACCGAGAAGCGCCUCCAGGGCGCCAAUGCUCCGCCAGCACGCCCAAACAAGCGGGGCCGGGAGGAGCAGCCAAGCAAGGGCCGUGGCCGUGGCCGCGCGUCCAGCGCCAAGGGCAAGGGUCGCAGCAAGAGCUCGCCGCCACGGGUUUCCAUCCCCAAGUUCAUUCGAGACAAAGGAGGAGUGGCCUCGUUGCCGAGUGGCGAGGCAGUGUGCUUUGAUUUCAACAUCCAUGGAGAUAAGUGCAAAUGCAAGCCCGCCACUGCCCUUUCUUGGUGCACCAUGUCCUAUGAGGAGAGGCUCACACAGGGCCACCAGUGCUCGCCAAAGCAUGGGAUGGCGCUCCUUUACUCCAGGGAUGCCCUGGCUGAGAUUUUGACUAAGGUGGCCAGAGUGGUACGAGCCAUUCAGCGGGGUGACUUCGCCCCCGACUUGCCUAGAGCAGAGAGGGUGGCCCGUGCCCUGAGUGAGGAACCGGAUCGGUUCAAGCAUCUGCCUGAGACAGUCGCCGAUGACUUGCCGGACGACGACCCGGUGGAUGAGAAUGUGUCAGAGGAUGGAUCUGAC